AGCCCUUCAACCAUGAUUCAUGGUCCACCGCCAAGUGUGUCCCUCCGACUGUAAAAGCCUCAGGCCUGAAGGUUUCUCAGUCCUUCCAGAGCAAUCACAGCUCAGCAUUGUUGUAUCUCACUCCACCCGAUUCCCUCCGACGGCUAAGCAGCCCGUGCAGAGCUCAAUCCCUUUGCCUAAUUCGCACCCGUGAUAUCAUCCCCAUUCCCAUCAUUUUCCAGCGGUCCUGGACUGCUUAAUAGCGGGCAAAUAUCUUGUUUGUGGGAGGUUUUCGUCUGUUCAAGUUCGUGCUCAAGUCACAUUCUCACCCGUGUUCGCCGUAACCAUCAUCUCUCCCAUAUCCAUCGUCGUUCCCUUCUUCCCAGCGUUGCCCCGGCUGACAUCCUCACCCCCCUGACAAUAUCCACCCGUGUGGGCCCACCUAUCCUCACUUUCUUCCCGGCUCCAGGCGCUCUCUCUUCCCUUUUCCUUUUCCCACUACCGUCCUGUCUCGUGCUGAGCUCCGUAUCUCUUUUCUUUAAACCUCCCAUCAGCCUCUCCCUCUUUCAAACAUCAACCAUCUCCCCUCACACAUCAAUCACAAUGGCCUCUUCUCGUGUCUUCGCCUCUCGCCUGGCCUCCCAGAUGGCCGUCAAGGCCGCUCGCCCUGCUGUCCGAGCCCCCGUCGCUGCUGCCAGCAAGCGAACCAUCUCUGGCGCCAGCCCCCUCCAGGCCAUGAAGCGUCAGACCCUUCUCCAGGCUACCAGCCGCAACGCCUUCCAGGUCCAGCGCCGUGCCUACUCCUCCGAGAUCGCCCAGGCCAUGGUUGAGGUCUCCAAGAACUUGGGUAUGGGUGCCGCCGCCAUUGGUCUGACUGGUGCCGGUAUUGGUAUCGGUCUCGUCUUCGCCGCCCUCCUUAACGGUGUUGCCCGCAACCCUGCCCUCCGUGGCCAGCUCUUCUCUUAUGCCAUUCUGGGUUUCGCUUUCGUCGAGGCCAUCGGUCUUUUCGAUCUGAUGGUUGCCCUCAUGGCCAAGUUCACCUAAGUUAUUUCCCGGCCAAUUGGGUAGGCUCGUGCCGAAUGAUCGAGUCAACGAGACAGAGGAGGCUGCUGAGCGCAGUGCAUUGUGCCAUGUCUUGAAAAAUUUGACAUGGGUGCGCUUGAUGCCAGCUUGCACGAUAGAGGGGAGGUUGUCUUGUAAUAGACGGGAUAGAGAUCUGGGAGUGACAUUGGUCAUAGGCACUUUCCUAUGAUUAGAAUUGGGGAAAUUCUGCAUAAUUCCUCCCAGGGAUCAAUUUGUAAAAUAAAAAGCCUCAUUCAUCCCGCUUCUUCCAAUGCAUAUGGAUAUUUUCCUUGUUCCACCAUCACAAAAUACAUGGUUCAUCUGAUGAUCGUGACUUCACGUAUUGAUGUUCCAAUUGACGUCUCAAUUAACUUUCAGUCGAUGACAUCGUUCCGAGUAGCUUUAUCUGCUGCAUGAUAGCUGUAAACAUGAGGCAUUUGCUGAGCUCCCGUGGGCCGGUGCCGG